AUGCAGACAGCAGCGAACGGAGGACCGGAAAUGCAGGAUGGAGGCAAUACCACGAGCACCCCAAGGUGUGGAUCACCCACUUCCGAGACGCCAAAGCCUACUGUUGGUCUUCUCAGCAAAGAACCGGCUACAGAUACGGUGCCCGCUAACUGCGGACAGCAGAUAAGAGAGAUCGACCAAAGCGGUGCAGUCGAGGCCACUAAUCCGACAUCGGAAUUUUCUCGUCCCGUCUCUGACAUAUCUAGGCAGACUCCCUGCUCGAUAGAUUCCACUCCUGCGGAUGCACCGGUCACAGCGAUAGCGGCUGGUCAUAGCCGACCAUCAGAAUGUGACGAGUCCCACGGAUCAGCCCUCUCCACAGCAUCGAUUGUACAGCAGGAGGGGAGCUGCAGGGAUCCCGCUUGGUGGAAAAUCUGGCUGGGGAGUGGCCACAAUCCACAGGAGGGAAUAUCUCCAGAGAGCUGUCCUCCGUCCAGGGUUAACGGGCCCUGGGGUUCAUGGGGCGAGAUCCUAAGUUCCUUAAAAGGUAAAUAUAUUCAAGCCACGCUAAGGGCGCCCAAUAUAGCGUGUGACAGGGCCAGUCGCCAUGUGCUCUACAUCCAUGAAGUCCAGACGUCUGCCAAUAAUGUGCCUUCCCCACAGCUGGUCGCUACAAAAUACUCUUUCCUUGCCGACCACCCAGCACUGGAGACUGAAGAGCCUAUUGCCAGGGACCGAGAGCUCCUUCUUCACUUCCAGGAUGCCAGUCAAAUGGCUGAAAAAGAAGACGCAGAAGUCAUCAAUUUCGUAAGCGACGUCGUAGCAAUAGAUGCAGUGGAAUUGCCUGGUAGGGUGGCUUACAUCUCUGAGGCUCCCGACACCAACACGGGCUUCUUCGCACGUUGCGGCAUUCGAGACGGUUCCCGAAUGAAGUCUCUCUUUGUGACUCCUCUAAGACCCAGCCUGUGCGCUGCCAGCAGUCAACUUCCACCUCCACGUUUUCCCCAUUGCCUGCUGCUUCGGUUUUUGACCUCUCCCCGCAAGAUCCGAGGCUCUCUGUGGGAUUUUCAAACGCAGGAUACCGAAUCCGGCCGCUAUUGGCUUCCAGGAGGACUGGAGUUGUCACCAAUUGUGGAAGAUGCAGCAAUCUAUUUAGGCAGCGCAGCAUCGGUCAUUGCCGAUCUGGACGGCCAGCGGUCGACGCUGCCAGAUUGGGAAGAGGGCCGAGCACCCCGCAUUGCUAUUAUCUCAGGAAGUAGUUCUUCCACAUCUCAGCAGUGGUUAGACCCCCUGGACCCUCUUCGAUAUUGCGACCUCGUUGCAAAAUCACCGACGUUGAGCCCGGAUUUUAUUGUAUUGGCCUUGCCGCAUAUUAUCCUUCACGCGCGGUUUCGACGUUCGAUAGCCAACACGAUGUGGAACCUCCUUAGGCAAGGCUACUCAGUCUCCUUGAAGCCGCUCUCGCUCAGGAAUUCGGACAAGGAAAAAGAGCAGUCGGUUCUUCUUCUUGCUGCACCUUCCGUUACAAAUCCACUGUGGGUUGAUGAUACCUUCUCUGAUCUCAACGCCACUUUCGUUAUGGGAGACUCUCAGAGUGAUAGUUCAACAUCGCCCACCACUAGCACAGAAAUCUGCUGGUCUGGGCCUCCAAGUGCUGGUGAAGUCAAAUUUGAGAUUCCAGAAGCUGGCCUAUCUACUUCGUCGCAAGGUGAGCUGCCGGCAACAGCGUCCGAUGGUGAAGCAAAUGACUCAAAGGAAAGUCUGGGUGGGCUUCUGUACCCACCUAGUCGAAAUGCUGCGCAUCUUAUUGCAGCCGUUAUUUCACGAAUUAUCGGGGAACUUUCCAAGGAAAACCACCCGACUACUUCUAAUCUACAGGUACUAAAUAAUGGAGUCUCCAAGGGAAUCAAGCGAAUGAGAGUGUAG